AUGGUUGUCUCCAUCAUCAAUGUGAUAAGCUUUCUUCUUAUCGCAUCCCAUGCUUAUGCAGCAACAACACCCUCAGUUGUUCCGAUUGGGGUGCUCGGAGUAGAACAGAUGGGAGAAAAUACAUUUGAGGGCGACAUGCGCUUUUCAACAAAAAUAUCCCGCGGUGUGGGCAUACGGAAAGCUGCGGCACGGUGGACCAAUGGUAUUGUCCCCUACCAGUUCAUACCAGGACACACUGCGGAUCAACAGGCGUUUAUUGUUGCUGUUAUGCGCAAAAUGGAGAACACCUUUGCCAUAAACAACGCACGCUGCAUCCAAUUUCGGCCAAAGGUAGCAUCAGAUUUAUACUACAUCUCGAUUAUGAAUGGAACUGGUUGUUCAUCAAAUGUCGGAAUGCCGUCGACACCAAAUUUCAAUCACACAGUUAUACUUCAAAGUUCAGGAUGCAUUGAUAACGGACGAAUCAUGCAUGAACUCUUACACACAUUAGGAUUCUUUCAUGAGCAAUCGCGACCCGACCGAGACUCAUACGUUCGAGUUAAUACAGCUAAUAUCGAUUCCACUAUGCUGUUCAAUUUCGACAAGAUGUCAAGUACUGAUGUUGAUACUCUCAAUACAUCAUAUGAUUAUGAAUCAGUGAUGCACUAUGAAACAACUGCAUUCUCGAAGAACGGCCUCCCGUCAAUUGAGCCACUUCAAUCGGGCGUUAAAAUUGGACAGCGGUAUUAUUUGAGUGCCACCGAUAUACAAGAAGUACGAAUGUAUUACAACUGUUCGGCAAAUACACCUACUUUACCACCAACUACCACAGCAGCUACAACAACUAAUCCCAGUAUUAUUACUUCGACCUAUUCUGCGCUUCUAACUGCCAAUAGUCCACAAUAUGCUCGUGUGAAUGGUACAUCAUCAAAUUAUUAUUAUGAAACUGUACAACUACGUAUCACAACGCCUGGCAUUUAUAACAUCAAAGGAAGUAGCAGUUUAGAUUCCUAUGGCUUUCUAUAUACUGGUACUUUCGAUCCUGUCAACCCAUCAGUAAAUCUAUUCUUACAAAAUGAUGACGGCAGUGGCGAUGGACAGUUUAGCUUCAACAUUAAUUUUGGAUCUGCCUAUACUUUAACUAUUGUCGUAACAACCUAUAAUGCAAAUCUUACAGGUCCCAUUUCAGUUAUUGUUACUGGACCUGCCUCAGCCACGUUUGCUCGAUUGAGUUCCUAUAUAACAACGGCAAGCUCUACUACCACAACCAAGGCUCCAACAACAACAACAACUACCAGCACAACCACUACAACAAAGACCACAUCAACUACUAGCACAACCACUACAACAAAGACCACAUCAACUACUAGCACAACCACUACAACAAAGACCACAUCAACUACCAGCACAACCACUACAACAAAGACUACAUCAACUACUACUACAUCCACUACAACUACCACUACUACAACUAAGACCACCUCAACUACCAGCACAACAACAACAACUAAAGCUCCAACAACAACAACUACCGCCACUCUCGCAGCCAUCACUACAACUGUCUACACCGGUGAGUACAUUCAGAAUAUAAACUAUCCUGAGUUGAAAAUCUUCCAAGCAGAUAUGAUCGGUGUUGGUUCUGUCCGACCCAUCAACUUUUUCUAUCCAUCGGAUGUCACUCAAUCAAUCUGUCCAACUAACUACACCUGGACAGCAUGGUUCAAUGAAGGCAAACCAGCCAACUCUAAUUCGGUUGACACAGAAGACAUGAGUGUGAUCCUCGCACGAAAUCCAACAGCCAUGUGUCGUGUUCCAAAGAGCAUCCAGGCUCAAGCAAUCAAUUCUCCAACCAACCAAGGAUCAGGUCAAUGGUAUUGGAGCUAUCCGAACAGCAGUCUCUACCUUCUCUCAUUCAAAUCUGCCACCCCACUCGGUAUCGAUUAUCGUGUUCGAUAUUGUUGUCCCGUAGGUUCAUUUGUUGCUCCUGUCACAACCACAACCACACCAGCACCCUUGAGCAGUUCAGCCUGUGGUCAGCAGAGUACUACACCACGCGGCAAAGCCAUAAGUCGUAUCGUUAGUGGAACGAACGUCAUUCCCAAUUCGUGGCCUUGGAUGCUUUACUAUCAAGAGAGACGAACUCAAGGUACUAGUGUUUAUUAUGGUGUUUGCGGUGCGACGUUGAUCAGCAAAGAUUAUGCAAUUACCGCAGCCCAAUGCAUUGGAACCCAAAACCCAGCUGAUAUCACUCUCUUCGCUGGUAUGCAUGAUCUCUCGUCUUCAACCGAAGGUAACACGAGACAAGCUCGUACAGCAAAAUCAAUAACUAUCCAUCCUCAAUACGAUUCACUCGUAUUCGCCAAUGAUAUUGCUGUGAUUCGUGUAAAUGAGUCAUUUGUGUUCAACACUUAUGUUCAGCCUGCAUGUUUGCCAGGUGGUGAACCACAAGUCGGCGACGAUGUUGUCACUGUCGGAUGGGGAGCAACAGUUCAAGGUGGUCCAGUUACCAAUAUAUUGCAACAAACAUAUGCUAAAGUUCUAGGUGAUUGUGAACGAUGGUGGACAUUUGUUGAUAGCUCGCGUCAGAUGUGUGUGGCAGAUUAUAUUGGUAGUAGCUCCGUAUGUGGGGGUGAUGCCGGUGGUCCUCUUUUGGCUAAAUAUCAAGGACGAUAUGUUGUGUCGGGUAUUACUAGUUUUAUACAAGGUUGCAAGACUGGCACUGGCGCCAAUCCAAACGGAUUCACUCGUGUCACAGCCUACCUCAAUUGGAUCAAAAGCAUCACUGGAUAA